AAAUUUGAAUUCAGUAGUCUGUCUGGUUUUCGACUGCGAGCGAGCGACCUAGCGAGCGGCUUCACUCUUUCCUUCUUUCUUACUUAUUCGAUUUGCUCCGGCGAAUUCCCGACUCCAUUAAUCAAUCUCUCUUUCUACAUCCAUUUUUCUCCCUUAAUUUUCUUUCUAGGGUUUCUAUCUAUCUAAUCUAUCUAUUGAUUCAAAAACCCACUUCCUCCCGCUUCUCCUCACCCUCUGUAGGAUAUUCUUUUUUUAAUUUUAUCUUCCUUGUAGGUUUAUAGAUUGUACUAUAAACUAUGGAGGCUAUACUUGUUGAUUGUGUUCAGAAUAGUCUCCGUCACUUCACGUACAAGAACGCCAUUUUCAUGUGCGAACGCCUAUGCGCCGAGUUCCCAUCGGAGACAAAUCUGCAGUUACUUGCUGCCUGCUACUUACAGAACAAUCAAGCUUACUCUGCCUAUUAUAUCUUGAAAGGAACUCUCAUGGCGCAAUCCCGUUACUUGUUCGCGUUAUCAUGCUUUCAGAUGGACCUUCUUGUCGAAGCUGAGGCAGCGUUAUGUCCUGCCAAUGAGCCUGGGGCUGAGGUUCCAAAUGGUGCAUCAGGUCAUUAUCUUCUUGCGCGUAUUUAUAGAUAUACAGAUAGAAGGAAGAGUGCUAUUCACCACUUUAAGCAAGCGUUGACACUAGAUCCAUUACUUUGGGUUGCUUAUGAGGAGCUUUGCAUUCUAGGCGCUGCUGAAGAUGCGACUCUUGUUUUUGGCGAAGCGGCUGCUCUUUGUUUACAAAAGCAGCAGUUGGAUCAUCUAGUUGCAGAACAAAAUUCACAAGCAGCUGCAGAUGAUCAUAAUAUAAUAUUGUCUAGAAACUUUGGCUUAGAAGAUCUCAGUCAAAGGCAAGUAAAACCGUUAACUGUCAACAACAUACGGGAUAUUCCUGGGAAUUAUUAUGGAGCGGUUACAUCUGGUGGAACUGCCAGUCAGAGUCUAAAUGGUGCUCCUGCGGGCAUUUCAUUUUAUAAUACUCCUUCUCCUAUGUCCACACAGUUGUCAGGUAUUGCCCCACCCCCUGUGGGAAAACUUCUGCAGCAUAAUGGUCCAAAUCCGAAUUCAACAAGUACUGAUGGUGCGCCAAGAUCAACUGUGAACUCCACUUUUCAGGCCCCUCGAAGAAAGUUUGUAGAUGAAGGGAAACUGCGAAAGAUAUCAGGUAGACUGUUUCCUGAUUCUGGUCCUCGUCGAAGUUCAAGACUUGCCGGAGACGCAGUGGGCAGUAAUAAUUCGAGCACUUCUGGUGUGUCUGGAAAUGGGACUAAUCAUUCUUCUAAAGGUGUUUCUAAGUUGAAUUCUGUAACAUUUCGGUCUGUUACCAUUCGCAAGGGACAGUCGUGGAACAAUGAACACAACAUUAGUGAAGGGAUGCGCCAGGAUUCUUUUGAUGAUUCUCAAACAAGUUUGUCUACUUCUUCAUGUAAUAUGAGAACUUUGGAGCAAGAAUUAUCUACAAUGCCAAUGUGCGAGGUUGUCUCACAUAGUUCAAAAGUUUCAACAGGCACUGCAGAACUUUUAGACCUCUUAAAAGUUCUUGGAGAGGGAUUUAGACUUUCCUGCAUAUACCGAUGCCAGGAUGCAUUGGAUACAUUUUUGAGACUUCCUCCCAAGCAUUACAAUACAGGAUGGGUGCUUUCUCAGGUUGGCAAACUGAACUUUGAACUAGUGGAUUAUCUUGAAGCUGAUCGAACAUUCAGUCUCGCCCGUCUGGCAUCUCCAUAUGCUUUAGAGGGAAUGGACAUAUAUUCUACAGUUUUAUUUCAUCUGAAGAAAGACAUGAAGUUAAGUUAUCUGGCUCAGGAGUUGACAUCAACUGACCGCCUAUCUCCUCAAUCUUGGUGUGCUUUGGGAAAUUGCUAUAGCUUGCAGAAAGACCAUGAAACAGCCCUUAAGAUUUUCCAACGAGCUACACAUUUGAAUCCAAGAUUCACUUACGCAUAUACCCUUUGUGGUCACGAAUAUGUGUUGCUUGAGGAUUUUGAAAAUGGAAUUAAGAGUUAUCAAUCUGCUCUUAGAAUUGACGCAAGACACUAUAAUGCUUGGUAUGGUCUAGGCAUGAUCUACCUGCGACAAGAGAAACUUGAUUUUUCUGAGCAUCACUUUCACAUGGCUUUUCAAAUCAAUCCAUGUUCUUCCGUCAUAAUGUGUUAUCUAGGGAUAGCAUUCCAUGGUUUGAAGAGAAAUGAUGAAGCUUUGAAGAUGAUGGAUAAGUCUAUAUUAGCAGAUAAGAAGAACCCAGUACCAAUGUAUCACAAAGCUAGAAUACUUGUGAGCAUGGAACGGUUUGACGAUGCUCUUAAUGUUCUAGAUGAACUGAAAGAGUAUGCUCCACACGAAAGCAGUGUUUAUGCAUUGAUGGGUAAGAUUUACGAAAGGCGCAAUGCUUUUGAUAUGGCCAUGCUUCACUUUGGAUUUGCACUCGAUCUUAAACCUCCUGCAACUGAUGUUGCUACUAUUAAGGCUGCGAUUGAGAAGAUGCAUGUACCAGAUGAAUUAGACGGUCCUUUAUAGGUAAUAUUAUUACUCUGUAAACCUUCAGACCUAGAUUUCGUGCGAAGAUGGAACCGAAAAAGGAAAAAAAAAAACAGAGAGAAGUUAACUGCAGAACGGCACAGAUGAUUUAAUAUGAUUUUCUGUUAGUAGUGUAUCAGUAGUCAGUUUCUUUAUCUUUUUACUGUAUGAUGUUUUAUUAUUGGUGAGAUAUUUUGCUCAUCUAACCAGCAAUACUUUACUAUUAAUCCAUGUAAUCUCAUUUUUAAUUU